AAGAACAACUAGGCUACUAAUGCACUUUAUCUCACUCCUCAAAUGCAGAAGCUUUUCAGACAUGGCACAGGACUGCUGAUCCGAGAUUCGUGCUGUUCUUCUGAAGUCAAACGGCGAUUUCUUCUUUCUGACAUAAUUACCGGGCCAUUCUUUAUAGAUUGGCGUCCGUUUUGCGCAAAAAGCGUGUGGAGCGGUGGACGGAACAAAUACGCUUUAUGUACUGAACCUGUGAGGAUGCGACAAUAGAUGCGAUUUUCACCAAAAUCCUCUUUGUUACUAUCUUUACUAUGAAAAUAUUUUUUCAAGAUCCCUCUAGGAAACACGGGGCAGAUUUUGCACCUCUGGAUCUCCCAUCAAAAGGAGGAUUACACUGGAAAUGACCGUAGAUAGUCUUAAAAGGAACACUACAUGCACCCUUGAAUAUCCUUUAUUAUAGUCUGUCAUAUUGUGGCUCUCCAAAAACCAUAAGAGCCACUUUUUAACGUGCUUUAGGUAUUGUCCAUCAUAAUAAAGAUGAUCCUCUUCCGCAAAUUUCGCGUGUUGAUUUUAAUGGUGUUUCUCGUCGCCUGCACCAUGCACAUCAUGAUAGACCUGUUACCCAAACUGGAGAAGCGCGCAGCCGGUUCGAGCUCCGGCGCGGCGGGAGCAGGAGGCGGCUGCUCGUGCGCUCACAACCCGGGCGGGGAGUCGCGAUCCUGGGCUAAACAGCGCGCCAGAGCCGCCGCCGCGGAACCGGGCUGGCCUAAUAAACACUCGUUGAGAUUACUGCAGGAUUUCAGCAAUGAGCCCAACUCCAAUCUCAGCUCGCAUUCAAGGGAGAAAGUGACAGAGAAAGCUGAGUCUUUGAAGAAAGUCAAGCAGCUAAAAUUGGGUUCUGAGAAACGCGGUUUGAUGAAGGAUGCAUUGAGCGGACAGAGAGCUGUCCAGGGUUCCUCCAGACUGAAGGCGCUCUAUGAGAAUCCGCUCUAUAAGACUGACCUGCCGCAUCUCUCUGAUGAUGACACCUUAUUCAACCUCAACACUGAUAUCAGAUUGGACCCCAAAGCUGCUGGAAACCAAGAAUGGCAUAACGAGGGGAAUGAGGAGGAGUACAGUCCGACAGGGGAGGCCACUACUGAGUCAUACCCCAACUGGCUGCGUUUCCACAUUGGGAUUAACCGGUAUGAGCUCUACUCCAGACACAAUCUCGUCAUAGAGGCCCUGCUGAAGGACCUGGUCUCUCAGAGGAUCACAAGCGUAGCUAUGAAGUCAGGUGGCACUCAGCUGAAGCUUAUCAUGACAUUCCAGAACUACGGACAAGCCCUGUUCAAGCCUAUGAAACAAACCAGAGAGCAGGAAACGCCCCCAGACUUCUUCUACUUCUCCGACUUUGAGCGACACAAUGCAGAGAUUGCUGCAUUUCAUCUAGAUAGAAUCUUGGAUUUCCGGAGAGUUCCCCCAGUGGCCGGCAGGUUGGUGAACAUGACACGGGAGAUCAGGGACAUGACCCGUGACAAAAAGCUCUGGCGGACAUUCUUCAUAUCCCCAGCCAACAACAUUUGCUUCUACGGCGAGUGCUCGUACUACUGCUCCACAGAACAUGCCCUUUGUGGAAAACCUGACCAGAUCGAAGGCUCCCUGGCUGCAUUUCUCCCCGACUUGGCACUAGCAAAGCGCAAGACCUGGAGGAACCCCUGGCGCCGUUCCUACCACAAACGCAAGAAAGCUGAGUGGGAAGUGGAUCCAGAUUAUUGUGAUGAAGUCAAACAGACUCCACCAUAUGACCGGGGCACACGCCUUCUGGACAUCAUGGACAUGACUAUUUUUGACUUUCUAAUGGGAAAUAUGGAUCGUCACCAUUACGAGACUUUUGAGAAGUUUGGAAAUGAGACAUUCAUUAUUCAUUUGGAUAAUGGCAGAGGAUAUGGAAAACAUUCUCAUGAUGAAAUGUCCAUCUUGGUUCCUUUGACUCAGUGCUGCAGAGUGAAGAGGUCGACGUACCUGCGGCUGCAGCUGUUGGCUAAAGAAGAGUACCUGCUGAGCUCCCUGAUGGCGGAAUCUCUGCUGCAGGACCAGCUGACCCCCAUCCUCAUCCAGCCCCACCUACAUGCCAUGGACCGCCGCCUGCGUCUGGUGCUCAAUGUGCUGGCCGACUGUGUGGAGAAAGAAGGCUUCUCAUCUGUGGUGGAGAACGAUCUGGAUGCACAGCCCUCCUUACACCACCACCAGGCACACAGAGGGAGGUAGUGAGGCCUGAACCUCGGCCCUCACUGGUCAAACCCCCAACAUGAGCCUCCAACCCCACUGAGGCUUGUGCUUGAGACAAGCAUUGAAUUCAGUGAAUUCCAAGACUAGCCACCAAUGCCUCUGAGGAGCCUCCCUUCCUGUAGAUGUGCUAUAUGGACGUGCAGAGACACAUCUUGCUGUCUGACAUCAGAGGACAGCUGGGACAAUGAAGCUGGUUAUUUUAUUUGAUUGUCUUUUGAUGCACUGCAAAAAUUCAUAUUUGUUUUCUUUUCCCAUAAAAACAAUCACAUGCGUUAUCGGAUAGUUAUCUGAUUAUGAAAAUACCAUGUGUAAAUGCCCUCCAAGAUGCAUUAGAGAUGGAUAGCAAUCCAAUAAAUUUAAACUUUAAGAUGCAAAUAAAGACCGAUAAAGAAGGGUAUAUAGGCCCUAAUCCUUACAUUUUCAUGAGAAGCAAAAUUAAGAUAUUAAAGACCUGUUUUUAGAGAAUAACUCUUGAAUUAAUUACAUUGUUGUUCUACUGUAAUUAUUCUUACUCCAUUUGCAAAUAGUUCUUUUUUCAACAUGCUGCUUCCGAAUGCUCAUGUACACUAAAAUCAACCCCAUACUGCAGAAUUACUGACAAGCACAAUCCCCCAUCAGACAUUUUCGCAUGAGUACAAAUAUGUUCACAUUGCCCUGUGGUGCGUUCAGAGGUUGAAUUUUUGCUCUAAAACUACAUUUUUACUCUGCUGCCGGUUAGGUUUAGGGUUGGGGUUUGGGUUAGGGAGUGUGGUUAAUAAAAUAUGCAUUCUUGUUGACUGUAUUCGAUUUUCAACAAAAAAAAUGCAACUCACUUUUGGCGCCACCCUGUGGAUUUUCACAUGAACAACACUUCCAGCUUCUGCCACUGGGGGCAGUGAUUUCAAAUUUCGGUAAGCACAGACAGAACUUUCAACCUCCUGUCGCCAAAUUCAGUGUGACCGGUAUGUUUUGUUUUUUUCUGUUUUAAUAGUCAAUUUUAUUAGAUUUAUGUUCAAAACAAAUAGAACCUAUUUGACAAUGGGUUAAGUAAAAUAAACAGAUUUCAAGAUAUAUUUUUAAUAUGCAAUUUUGCUUCUUAUUUAAAUCUUAAGGAUAUUUUUUUCCUGGGAAACAAGGCAUAAAUCCAGUGUUUGGUGUUUGCAGUGUUUGCCAAAGCUUGUGUUUGAGCUGUGCUCGGAGCUGCAGUACAUCGUUUUUAGUUGUACCCUGAUUUGUUUGACAGGUUUGCUGAAAUAAUUGAUUACAUUUUUGCAUAUUUAUCCCUAAGAGUCAGCGGAAAGUAACUUUAUAGAGGGACCAAAGUUAGAAGGAAAUAGAGAAAUAGAAUAAAGUCAAUAAUCUGUUUAUCUACAGUUUACUGUACACAUUUUAUUUAAUGUGCUCAAUUAGGUCUUUGAUAUAAAGGUACAUAAAAGCUUUAAUCACAGUACUGCAGUACUGUGCUUAUGUGCGAGGACAGUUAAACACAUUCACAGUUUAAUGGCACUUCCUACCAUCCAAACUAACAACAUUUAAGAGCCAUCGUCUAAAAUGCAUAUUGUGCAAUCAAUCCUUCAAUCAUUGUGUCAGAUCCUGCACAUGUGUUUCAUUGAGGGUAAUUCAGAGGUGCACCCUUCAUUUAAGGUUAUUCAGUAGUGAAGCGCCCGUGUAAUAUGGACUCUGUGGAGAAUGAGAGAAUAAAGCUGAUUGGUUGUUCGGGCAUCCCGUGCCUGCAGGGUUUCCCAUCUCAGGCCCUAUAGUAAAUACACCUGCUCUCUCUUAAUAAGAAUCUAAAGGAUGAUCUGAUGCACUGCUGGUGAAAGUUAAUAAUGUUGUUUGUGGUAUUUGACAAUGCACGUGUCUUCAGUCUCAUCAAAAGGUUUUGUGAUUGAGCACAGGCUUCAGGGAAUUAAACAAUGAAUUGGACUUUUAGUGGAAAUAACAGUAGGUGUUAUGCAAUAAAACAAUAAAUAAUACAUCUUUUCCAAGUGUUUGGAAUUUAAUGCGGCAUUAGAGGAACAGUUCAGCCAAAAAUAAUUCUGUCAUCAGUCACCCUCAUGUUGUUCCAAACUUUCCUUUUCCUUCCUUCUUCUGUGGAACACAAAAAUAAAUGAUACAGUAGAUAAAAUGUUAGCCUCAUUCACUAUCUGAUAUGGGUACCGAGAACCGGUUCUUAUUCAGAACUGGUUCUAUUUUUAAAAAAAAUACCGAAGUCAAAUUAUUUUCAUGACUUUCGGUUCCUCUAAAGGUUCUUGUAGUCUGAUUCAUGAAUGAAUGAAUUAUGAACCGGUUCAUUUGAAUCUACAGCACUAAACACAUAGAUCAACAAGUGUAGUCCAAUUCCUGAACGAAUGACUCUUAUGAACCAGUUCAUUUGAAUCUACAGUGUGAAACAGAUAGCGCAACCAUUGUAGUCCCAUUCACAAUCAAAUGACUCUUAUGAGCUGGCUCAUUUGAAUCUACAGCGCAAAACAUGCAGCACGACCAGUGUAGUCAAAUUCCUGAACGAAUUACUCUUAUGAACCGAUUCAUUUGAAUCUACAGCAUGAAACAUUCAGCUCAACCAGUGUAGUCUGAUUCCCGAAAACAAUGACUCUCAUGAUCUGGUUAAUUUGAAUCUACAGUGCAAAACAUGCAGCGCGACCAGUGUAGUCCAAUUCCUGAACGAAUGACUCUUAUGAACCGGUUCAUUUGAAUCUACAGCGCGAAACAUUCAGCUCAACCAGUGUAGUCUGAUUCCCGAAACAAUGACUCUCAUGAUCUGGUUAAUUUGAAUUUACAGUGCAAAACAUACAGCGUGACUAGUGUAGUCCAAUUCCUGAACGAAUGACUCUUAUGAACUGGUUCAUUUAAAUCUACAGCACGAAACAUUCAGCACAACCAGUGUAGUCUGAUUCCCGAAACAAUGACUCUCAUGAUCUGGUUAAUUUGAAUCUACAGUGCAAAAUGUACAGCGCGACCAGUGUAGUCCAAUUCCUGAACGAAUGACUCUUAUGAACCGGUUCAUUUGAAUCUACAGCACGAAACAUUCAGCUCAACCAGUGUAGUCUGAUUCCCGAAACAAUGACUCUCAUGAUCUGGUUAAUUUGAAUCUACAGUGCAAAACAUACAGCGUGACUAGUGUAGUCCAAUUCCUGAACGAAUGACUCUUAUGAACCGGUUCAUUUGAAUCUACAGUUCAAAACAUUCAGUGUGAGUAGUGUAGUCCAAUUCCUGAACAAAUGACUCUUAUGAGCCGGUUCUUUUGAAUCUACAGUUCAAAACAUUCAGCAUGACCACUGUAAUCCAAUUCCUGAACGAAUGACUCUUAUGAACCGGUUCAUUUGAAUCUACAGUUCAAAACAUUCAGUGUGACCAGUGUAGUCCAAUUCCUGAACAAAUGACUCUUAUGAGCCGGUUCUUUUGAAUCUACAGUUCAAAACAUUCAGCAUGACCAGUGUAGUCCAAUUCCUGAACGAAUGACUCUUAUGAACCAGUUCAUUUGAAUCUACAGCACAAAACAUUCAGCAUGACCAGUGUAGCCUGAUUCCUGAAUGAAUGACUCUUAUGAGCCAGUUCAUUUGAAACUACAGCGCGAAACAUACAGCAUGACCAGUGUAGCUGUGUAUAAAAGAAUCAUUAAUUGAACUUUUAAGGAACAGGAAUAAUUUUGAGGAAUCAAUAAAUUCCCUAAGAUUCCAAUAACUAUUCACCAUUCAUGACUCUUUUUUUUCCAUACAAUGAAAGUAAAUGGUGACUGAGAUGAACAUUCUACAAAAAAUAAAAAUCCAUAUGGGUUUUGGUUUGAGACAACAUGAGGGUGAUGACAUUAUUAUUUUUUUUAUUGUUAUUUACUUUUUUUUAAAUGAACUGUUCCUUUAAACAUGAAAGAUCGGCUGCUGUAGUUACUGUCACAUUGCACCAUAUAACAAUGUUUUGAACUCUCACAUAUUCUGUAUUGUGUGAACCAAGGCCAAAAAGGCAAUGGAGUGCAUUUACACCUUUCACUAAAAGCACCAAUCGUCCCUUCAAUCAAAGCCAUCUAUAAUGUUUUAAAAGAAAUAUAAGUUGUUUUUUGUCCUAAAUUGAACAUCUUCAAAAUAGUCAACAAUCUGUGUUGAAAGCUUACAUUGCUAUUUAUUAAGAAAGAGUUCAUUUGUUUAUUUUUUCAUUUGAGUUUUUUUAUUUUAUUUUAGCUUAAAUGAAGUCCCAGUUCCUCGCACACAUCGUAUAGAUGAUGUGAUAGUCUGACUGCACUGUGUAAAGUGUGAAUAUAUGGCUGAAUCUCUGAAAGGGGCCACAUGUGUGUUGUGUGUUUAACCCCAGUGCCUGUGCAAUGCUCGAGAAACUUGAAUGUUUUGGGAUUAUUUACAAAAUGACCUUUCCGUACCCCAUGGCCUGGACUUCAGGGUUUUUUUUUUCCUGUGGCCAAUAAGGAAUUAUGGGAUCGUCAAGGCUUCUAUUAGCCAAACAGAUUCAAAAAUGUUCCCAAUCUCUCAGUGUGUCUGUGUAAAUAUCUAUAAAUACGGUAUGUUGAUCCUGGAGGCUGUUUUUGGAGCAAAAAUACAAAUGUUUUCUUUUUUCUCUUAGGCAUUGUUACUGUGAAGACCUGUUUGCAAAAGGAUACAUGUGUGCAAUAAAUGAAGCUAUGUUGUAGAACUGUUUAUGUGUGAAAUGCAAAGAAAAUAUACAUUUGUUUCAGAAUAUUUCAGGUUCAAUCCAAGUUAAAGGGAUACAGGUGUUCACCCUCAUGUGGUUUUAAACCCAAAUUACAUUCUUUCAUUCAAGAACAACAAAAGGCAAUGUUUUAAUGAAUAUUACAUUCUGUCUGUUUAAUCCAGUGCCUCAUUUUAAAGCUUAAAAAAGACCCAAAAGUGUCACAAAAGUUGCCCAUGCAACUCGUGCAUCAUAUUCCAAGUCUUCUGAAGGCAUAUGAUAUGGUUUUGGUGACAAACAACUGGUAAUCUUUACUUGAAAGUACAUUUUCAGUAAAAAUCUUGAUAUCUGUUGCGUUAUGAGAGAAGCAUGUUCACAAUGGCUGUUUAGCGCUACAAAAAUGCCAGUUUUAACCAAUUCUGUUAGUGUCAUGCCAACACAUGUAAUGUUUACACAUGAUUUUGGUUUGUAUUCACAAACUGAGGGACAAAAUCAUUUUCUUACAGCAUCUGUGGUUUAAAUUUUACUGAACCCAGUUCAUUCCUUUAUGACUUAUAAACUGUAUAAUGCAAGUCAAGUCUAUAUACAAAAUAA